AUGUCUCGAAAGUGUGACCUCGAACCCAUCUGUCUCCAUGAUACAGAUCAAUUUGCCGAGAUUCAAAGACAGCGUGUCAUCUGCGGCUGGCACUACGACGAAGAAACCCUACUGGAAUGGAAAGCAAAACAACAAGAAGGCCUUAAAAAUCUCUUCUGGAUAAUCUUUCCCAACCCAAACAACAGCAACGACCCCAUCCGCGCCGGCCACAUCUCCCUAGACGCAUACUGCAAUCCACCCAACCUAGACCUCGCGCGCGCAGACAAGUCCGUGCUCUCUAUUAGUUCCUUUUUCAUCCUGCCCGAAUAUCGCGCGUAUGGAUUGGGACGACGUGCAAUGAGCUUAGUCGAAGAAAUGGCCGUUCGAGAGCCAUACGGCAGCACCAACUGUCGGUCUAUUGCACUGACUGCCUUGAGUAAACGGUACAUAUAUGAAGAGGGCCCAGAAUGGAAAGGCAUGUGGGAGCGAAUUGGCUUGUCGAUGCCGUCGUUUAGUAUCCAGGAGUGGUAUGAAAAAAUUGGGUAUGUUAGCUGGAAGGAGGAGCCGCUGUAUGAGGAGAAGACUUUAGAUGGGGGUGUUAUCACGCUGUGGGAGGCAUUUAUGAGGAAGAUGCUUUAG